AAAUAUUCACAAAACGAAAUUUACUUUGUACGAGUACAAACCGACAAUAAUUUCGGACACCCACAUAGACUUUUUUAAAAAAAAUUGCGAAAAGAAAAAUUGGACAAUUAAAAUGAGACGAACUCGCCCUCACUUGCAGGAAUUAUCAUCACCAAGUACAGCCUCGCCACAACGCACAAGACAACGUACAACAUCGACACCGUCACUGGAGUCUCCAGAUGAGCAACUUAUAAUUGAAUCGGGUGAACAUUUGCAGCCAUAUUCCCCCUCUGAUACAAUUGAAAGUUUGGCGCUCUCGACUGGUAUGUCAACUCCUGUAGAAUUUAUUGCUACUGAAGAAUCUUUACCGGUACCUGAUGUAGUAAAAGUUAUAGAAACUCCACCUGAAGCCGUUGGUAGCUCUAACCAGCCAUCAGCUGCUCCAAAGGAAAAGCAUAUUGCGGGCGGUGAGUUGUCGCCCGUUUGUAUAUCAAGUGACUCAACAAAUGACUCAGAUUGCGUGGUUGUAGAAGAACCGACUCAACCGAAAAAAGAAGAACCGCAACGAAAGAGACGAGCUAGCCCAUAUCAUUAUCACUUUUGGCGUCCGCGCAGUCCACUUAAGUCGUUCAAGAAAAAGAAAAUGUCAGCUUCUAGAGAACGGGCGCAAAGUGGAAGUGGAUCAAGGGAAUAUGCCAAACAUUCAGUUGAGGGUUGGUCAACGCAAGAUGUUAUACCAGAGGCAAAAAAACCUGGAAAUUAUCCUGAAACUUCUGCCAGAAAAAAGAACACCAAUCAACCAAAAAAGCCAAACACUGACUCCAACAUAGCAACAAGUGGCGACAACAAACCUAGUGUUUCUACCAAACAAACGAAAGAAGGCAUUUUAGAAACAAAAAGUGUGAAGAAGGAAAGUAAUUCGCCUCAAAAAUCAAAAACUGAUGAAACUAAGUUUAAAGCGUCAAUGAAAAAAAGAGAGAAGGCCAAAAGUAAAAAAAGGCAUGCCACCAAAUCUAAAGAUUCUACCGAACAAGCAAGUGUACAAAUUUCAGAAGAACAUCGUGUAGAAAAAGACAGCAAUCCAGCUCAAAAAUCAUCGGUUUCAACGGAUAUACGUACUAAAGUUACAAAACGUGACGGAAAGAAAUCUAAACUAUCUGCUAUUCCAACGAAAUUAAAAAGUCUACAUGAACACGAAAAGGCGCCUCAAGAAUCAUUGAUUACUACGGAGACUAAGCAAUCGAAAACUUCGAUCGUAACAAAGGGUAAAAAAGAUGGUUCGCAAGACACUUUAGUUUCAACAGAAACUCAUGAAACAAAAUGCAAAACCCAAACUGAAAGAUCAGUAGCCAAAACGGACAGCAAGUUAUCGGAACGCACGGCUCAUAAAUCUACUGAGUCCAAAACAUCAUCCGUUUCGAAAGAUGUAUCAAAAGCACGAAGUGACAGUAAAUCGCCUUCAAAAUCGGCGGAGUUCAAGGAAACACAGUUGGUUGCUGUGGUGACGAAAAGAGCAGAUAUUGACGACAGUUUACCAAACACAUCGUUACCGAAAGCCAAAGAAACUAAAACAGCUCAAAAAAUGUCCUUUGUUGAUAUAGUUAAGGCCUUAUUGCCUCGAAUAAAAUCUCGGCGUCAAGCCUUAACGAUAUCACAAGAGGUUGCCGCAAGAAUUAAUCGGCAACCUCUAUACCAACCGCAGUCGCUAACGUCUCGCUUACUAAGAUCAGCUGGCGUACAAACUGCUAUGAAUUGGUAUCAUAUAAUACCAUUGCAUAGAGACGCUGCAUCCUGCAGUCUCAGAGAACUUAUAAGGAUUGCAGUACAGUAUGAAAAACAAGUGUUGGGAAAGACGGGAACACAUAAUUUACCCAUACAUAUCGCUAAGUGCCCACAAAGACCUCUGUGUACAAUUCGCCCUGAUAUAUCUGCCGCAACGACUUCGAGAUCAGCUGAGACCGAUGUACGUUGGUUUGAAUUGGUUCAAGUAUUAGACAGCCCAGGACAGCGUUUUUACUGUAGGGCAAUCCUACCCAGAAGAAACACUUCUAGCGGCCAAACCGCACAGCAUACAGCCGGGAAUAGUCAAACAACUGGUGUAUCUAAGACAACCAGGCAAACAGUGGUCACGACCGCGCAAACGCCACAAACUACGCAAAGUAGAGUUGAAGUGACCAGUACGGCAACGCAGUCUGAUCUUCAAACAACUCCGUCCAAUGUAGCAGUGGGUACGCACGAUGCAGACAUUCCAAUUAAAACCGACGUAGCGGUGGGUACGGAUGAUUCUGAAAAUCAAAUACCAGAAUCCAGCAAACUUACAGCAGCAACGCAAACUCAGCCGAUUAGUACAAAGACGCAGUCCACGUUAUGCGACGUGCCGGAACAAGUAAAUGCUGCAACGCAGUACGAUCCGCCACCGUUAGUGCGCGAUCCAGUUGUGAUUGAAACUGACGGUGGUGAAGUCAAUACAUUAGCAAUAUUAUGUCAGUUGACUAUGUUGGCGCCACUGGCCACACAUACUUCGGUCCAAACCACUGGUUUUGAAGUUGAUACCUUAUUUUCUUUGUGUCGCGUAGCAAUGUCGGAACCCGUGUCAAAACAGGCUGCAACCCAAACUAUUGGUAUUGAAGUUAAGAUACAAGCCACACUGACUGACGCGACGGAGCUGCCGACAAACGAACAAUAUUCGCAAUGUGAACCACAAAGGCAAGUAGAAGAACAACCGUUGGAUUAUUUGAAUACCGCUGAAACCAGCAACAAUACACAAGCUGUUUCUAACCGAUUGCCGGUUGAAGUUGAGGUUAAUAUUGAUAGGAUUCUAGGUGAACUAAGCCUUGAAUCCAAUUCUGAUUUGGACGAAAACGUAAAGCAAUCAAUAAUGGUUUCGGAUGUAGUCGACAUCUCAAAUACUCAUACUAACAGUAAAAGAGAAACUCUCUCUGACAUUCUUCCAGACGGCGUAACAACGUUAUCUUCCGAUUCUUCAGAAGGUCCAUGGGACGUGCGAAAUUUACGUGAAAACAUCAACGAAAUAGAUAAAGAAUGCAAGUUCACAUUUGUUAAUGUAGAUUUACACAGUGAUGCGAGUCUGGAUAUGCGUCCUUCAACAUCGGAGCCCGCUCUGCAUAGACUAAACGUGCUCAAGAAAGACCAUGUAUGGCAAUUUAAACCCAACUUUUCGGCUAGACGAAACAGUGGCAGUUCGUCAGAAACUGUCGAGUUAGCGAUUUGGCAGGAAAUUGAGUGUAUGAGGAAGGCAAAAAGUGCAAAUGUUAUUUCCGAUACGCAGACUACACAGACUGCUUCAAGACAGCAAAUAAGCACAACUAAAGACGAGCGCUGUACUCAGAAUACUGAGCAUGACGAGAAGAAUUCGAGAAACGAAAAUAUUGAUGUACAAAACCAGCCUCCAAAUUUCAAUGGAUUGGCACUGCAAAGAUCUGUACCGCCCACACCAAUUCAACGAAUACCGUGCGUGUCAUUGGAUAGACUGGUAUCAACUAAUUCCCGAGAUAUGAAACGACAAAUUACGCGCAGAUAUUCUGAUCCUGAGUGUGGGGUUGGUACGAUGCAUGACACAGCGGAGAGACAGAACUCCAUACUAUUGGCCCACAAAUAUGUGACCACGCAAUUGGACGGUAUUCCAUCCAUGCAGGAAAUACGCGCUCGCAGAGAGGUUAUAAAUAAUUUGUAUACUCAGUUCGGUAAUUUGAAUUCCAACAUUGUUUGGGCUGGUAGGCUAAGACGACCGGUUGAUAUAAGAAUAACAAUUCGUCACAUUUUGGGAAUCACCAAAAAUAUCACCAGCUUUGUGGGCGAUUGUCUAAAUAUUUCAAAAUUUUGUUCACUUCAAGUCCUUCAGGAUAGUAUCGCAAAUCUUGUUCCAGAUGGCGAAAUGAUACUAUCGAUAGGCUGCUUUUUACCACAAAAUACCAAAUUUACUGAAGGUUAUGAAAUAGUUUUUAAUGAGCUUAAAGUCACACUGAAAGAGUCUAAAGUGCCAAGAAUUAAAAAAGAAGAUAUUGAAAUAUAUUUAUAUCCACUUCAGUCGGGUGCAACAUUCGACUGUGGAACACAGUCCAAAGAAUGGAUUGGCUUUUUGAAUAAUGAACAUAGACCAAAUCUUUUAUUGGCUUUUAUGAUACACAGCAAACGAAUGUGUUCACCAUUUUCGUAUCUCUUUGACAAAGCAUUUGAACGUGCAAUGAAGGCAUCACAAAUUAUUAUCGAUGCCGAAGUUACCAACCAAUCAAAUACGGAAGAAUCGGAAAACAAUGGUAGCGAGGUGCAAAAUCAAAUGAAAAGUGAACAAAAUAUACCUGAUACUCCAAGUAGGCAACCAAGCACUGAAAGUUCCGGAAGUAAGGCUACCGAGGUUCAGAAUGAACCAAGAAGUGCAGUCACAGUACCUGAUACUCCAAGUAAGCAACCAAGCACUGAAAGUUCCGGAAGCAAGGCUACCGAGGUUCCAAAUGAACCAAGAAGUUCAGUAGCAGUACCUGACACUGCAUUUAGGCGACCAAGCACUGAAAGUUCCGCCAGCAAUAACACCGAGGUUACCAAUCAAUCAAGGACUAAAGAAACUUUAACUGCCACCAUAGGAAAAAGAACGUCAUUCGAGUCAGCCUACGAUGGUGAUAUUUCGCAAUCCUUGGAUGGUUUGUCGCAUACAGAAGUUACGCCUGUCAAGAGUGCGCCUGAACACAAGAGAGUUACCGAGGAACAUGCAGACACCGACUAUGAAGACACCCCUAAGAAUCGCAAAAAAGCCAGUAGAAUGAAAAGGAGGUCAAAGCUGCCUAAUAAGUCCACAUCUUCUCCGCCGACUACAGAAAGCACUGAUAAGUCGAUUAAGGAUGAAGAUGGCUUACAAAGUAAGGGUAGCGCAAAACGUAAACAAUCUCUAAAGAAGCGCAAGAAAAGAGAAGUCUCAUUAUUAACACCACCGUCAUCAUCAUCUUUCUACAGGAGUGAAAGAUUGACCAUGAGACGACCAGAGAAUAGUGAUAAUGAGAAUAACGUAAUAUCUGUACCUGCCGUAUCAUUAAGUCAGAUAACAAAUCGCGAAAUAAUUUCACAUCCUUUCCAAGAAACGUUGAACAUUAGUAAAGGAAGUGUUUCGGAAAGCCAAAAUCAAGCUUUUCCACGUAUGCGGAGCCUAACCAGUUCAAGUUCAAUUGACGAGGAGACUUCAAAACAAGAAGCAGAACAAAUCGCUAAACGGAAAGACAGGUACGCUAGAAAGGAAUGCCAACAUGAGACAACUGUCAAACAGGGGCGCACUGUUGAAUCUGAAACGGAUCCUAAUAUUAAAACUGACAUAUAUAAUAUAAAGGAUGUAGAUCUUUCAUACACAUCAAGUACAUCUGACGGAAAUACAAAGAAGAAGUAUAAAUUAAAGCAAGACCGAAAGAAACGCACACUUCAGAAGAGAUCUUCAGAUUAUGUAAGUCUUGCUAGUGAAUAUGAGUCAAAAUGCAAAGAAAGUCCACGCCAAACAAAUUCCACGGAUUCCAGCCUAGAAAUCAUUGAUUUAACUGGCAUAGACUCUAGCUCUUCCGACGAUGAAACGGAUAGCGAAAAUGAAGAGAUCAAAACUUCAAGUAGUGAGAGGAAACUAAGACCCUCUAGUGCCCACAGUGUGAUUGCACGAAACGAGUUUGACACACACACACCGACUGUAGAAACAUCUCUCGACAUGGCUAGCAAACAUUGUUCCCCUGAUUUAGGUUCCGAAAGCAGAAAAGGGAGUGAAGGAGGUGUAACAACUCACAAAGAGCAUACUAGAGAGACAUCAUUACAGAAUACAGAAAGUGAAAAGCACGAAGCCAGAGAUAAAGAAAACCAGUCAUUGCGCUUCAACAUAUCGGGGGAGAAUAAUCCUGAAGAUAGAAUUAAUACAGAGACAUUUGGAUCUACCUAUAAUAGUAGUAUAAUGCAACCUGUGCGUAGUGACAGUGGUGCUUUUGAUCUGCACUACUCGGACAGUGAAAGUGAUGAAACAUCAAGUGAUUCGAAUUCAUCCGUAAAAACGACAAUUAGCAAAGCUGCAAGCAUUAAGGUUGCGGAAGAAACCACAAAGGACAACGAAACUGACAAAAAAGACGACAAUCAGGCUAUUAACGACUCCGAUCGUAGGCACAGCACUGAAAGCGGAGAAAAGGCAAGAAGCAGCAAGACAAGUAAUGAAGAUACUUCAUCAGGAACUGAAUCGUCUGGUAGCAGCACAACGACUAGUUCUGGAAGCAAGAACGAAAAUUCAUCCCACUCAAGCUCAAGCGACGAUGAUACCCUAAAAGAUGAAAUACAAACCACGAUUCCUCAGAAUAAAACCAAUGAAAGUGGUAUGCAGGAUAUGGCAGAGAACACAGAUGCGGAAAAUACUGAAGGAGAGGAAGAUAUGCUUCAGACAGAAUCAUUCGAUCAAAACACAAAUUUGGAAAUUGUGGAAGCAUUUAAUAAUUCUCCCCAUAUACGAAGAAUUGCUGAGGGCGUUGUGGGGUCUUUAAAUAAUGCAGAAGAAAGCCUGUCAGUUGAAAAAAGACAGCACAUUUCAACUGAGCAACACCAAGCCAUUGCAAUGCCAACAACUUCGUCUGUACAACCGUCUCCGAAUCGCGCACCAAAAGAUCCCAUUUUUCGGAAACCUGCCAAACCCAUUAAUCCACCUGAAUCUGAAAAUCUGAAAUCAAAUGAAUCUGCAUACUGGCCUUUUCCACUAUCAGAGCGGGAGACACGAAGAGGCUGGGCUACAGAGGCUGCUCAAGCAGAGAGUGGUGAAGUACGUUCGCAACAAGUGUCCUGCACUUGCUUGGAUUCAAGCAUAAUUGAGUCAACCUUAGCGGCACCACAAGGGCCUUCUCGUGUUAUUCGCGAAACGCCUGAAGCAGCUAUUGAGGAAGCAGCAAUUGGUGGCACGUUUGAUAUACCAACAUCGCCGACAAGUAGUGGACCAGCAUGUGUAGAGAAUAGUAGUGUCCACCUUAACGAAGAGGAUUGGUCUAUAUCGAAUCUGUUAGAAAAUUCUACCGAUAACUGGGAAGACUGGGCUGUCCAAGCCAGAAAUGAACUGAUUGAUGUGUAUUCGAGCGAUGUGUUACUUUUAGAAGAGAGUUCGAACACACAAGUGAAAGAAAGCUCGAAAGAUGAUAUUGUACCAAAAUAAUUAUUCACUAAUUCGUGGCAACAGUCUGGUAACACCCACAAAUGGGUUACAGCGAGUCAAAAGCUCAAAGUGAGUCGGCGGACGAAGGCAUAUAAAUGUGGGUGUCCAGUACCAACAGUCUAUAGUUAGUUUGCCGUAAAAAGAAUAUUUUUACAUAAAUAUUGACAAGUUUUUUUUUAACAAAUUUUAACUGUUUUAAGAUCAUAUGUUUUAUGUUCGUUUAAUUGUGACCUUUAUACGUAGUACAUAUCUCAUAAGUUCUCCGUCUACAGGCUAUUGGAAGAAUAAUAAUCAUAUAAUAUAUAUAAAACCAGUAAUCAGAUUAUUAUGACAAGCAAA